AUGGCCGACGAGACAGAGCAGGCGCAAUCCCCCUCUGCCGAGCUGGCGGCAGCGACGCCGGAGGAACAGCCGCGUCAGCACCUGGAGUUUCCCCCCCUUCUCGAUGAGUCGCGCAACCCCCUUGACCAGGAAAAGUACGACCGUGCACGCACCCACAUCGCAGGCCUGGGCCACGUUUCGAGCAAGGACGUCUUCAAGGACUACCGCCGCUCCUGGCUCACGCCAUUUUUCGGUUCCAACGAGCCGGAGCCGACCUUCCAGGAGGAGGGUGCCCUGCACCCAUGCCAAAUCUUCUCUCGCCAGGUGCAUACGUGCUUGGAGAAGAACAAUAAUAACUUCGCCUUCUGCCAGGCACGUGUUGCGAUGUUUCAGCAGUGCUUACGUGAGUUCUCCCUGUAG